AUGGGUCAGACUCUCUCCGAGCCCGUCGUCGACAAGCAUUCAGAGUCGGGCGAUGGCGAGACGUUCAUCUUCGGCACCUCGUCGAUGCAGGGCUGGCGCAUCAGCAUGGAGGACGCCCACGCCUGCAUCCUCGACCUGCAGGCCGCCGUCGAGGGCGGCAAGCCCACCGAGGCCGACAAGCGGCUGGCCUACUUUGGCGUCUACGACGGCCACGGCGGCGACAAGGUCGCCAUCUACACGGGCGAGCACCUGCACGAGAUCAUCGCAAAGCAGGAGGCCUUCAAGGCCGGCGACUUGAAAAAGGCCCUGCAGGACGGCUUCCUCGCCACCGACCGCGCCAUCCUGAGCGAUCCACGAUACGAGGAGGAAGUCUCGGGCUGCACAGCCUCCGUCGGCCUUCUCUCAAACGACAAGAUCUACGUGGCCAACGCCGGUGACUCGCGCACCGUCCUCGGCGUAAAGGGCCGCGCAAAGCCCCUCUCCUUCGACCACAAGCCCCAGAACGAAGCCGAGAAGGCACGCAUCCAGGCCGCUGGAGGCUUCGUCGACUUCGGCCGCGUCAACGGCAACCUCGCCCUGUCCCGCGCGAUUGGCGACUUUGAGUUCAAGAAGAGCGCCGAUCUCCCCCCCGAGCAGCAGAUCGUCACUGCCUUCCCCGACGUCGAGAUACACGAGAUCAACGCCGACGACGAGUUUCUUGUCGUCGCCUGCGACGGCAUCUGGGACGUACAGUCCUCCCAGGCCGUCGUCGAGUUUGUAAGGCGCGGAAUCGUGGCAAAGCAGGACCUUGCGUCCAUCUGCGAGAACAUGAUGGACAACUGCCUGGCCUCCAACAGCGACACGGGCGGCGUUGGCUGCGACAACAUGACCAUCACCAUCAUCGGUCUGCUCCAGGGCCGCACCAAGGAGCAGUGGUACGAGGACAUUGCCAAGAGGGUUGCAAAUGGAGAGGGUCCAUGUGCGCCGCCAGAGUACGGCAAGUCUGAAGAUCCAGCUCCGUCCGCCUCAGAGGCUGAAGAGUAA